CCGCUGCUUUGAUUGGCCGCUGUUGUUGAAGGGAAGGAGGCGUGAGAGUGACCAUUGGUCCUGGUCAGUGGCCGGAGCUUGGACACAGACUGAGACACAGACUGGGUCAAUGGACGGGUUGGGGCUGCUGCGAGUGCCGGUGCUGGAGGAAGGAGCAGACGAGGAAGACGAGGAGGACGAGGAGGACGAGGAGGAGGAUGAAGCAUUUAAGGUUCAUCUCAUCCCCAGAUCCUCGCCCAUCCCCAGGAGGAGAGACCACAGCUGGGAUGAGGCUGAAGACCCUUCCCUCACCCGCAAGGUCCGCUUUGCCGACACCUGCGGCCUGGACCUGGUGCAUCUACAGACCUUCAGCAAGUUCGAGCCCGAAGAGGAAGAGGGAGAGGGGUUGGACUCGCCACCACAGCCCGGCGGCUUUCAGUUCCAGCUCCAGCCCGACUUCAGCCUCCCCUCCUCCCCGGCAGAGCUGUGGGCGAGGUUGCAGGAGCAAGGGGUGGAGGUGGAGGCUAUAGCAAGGCAGGAGGACCUUCUCUCGGUGGCCGGCACCGUCCGGGUGCUGAACGACGCCUUCCAGAAGUCGGUGCAAGUCCGGGCCACGCUCGACUCCUGGCGAUCUCACUACGACCACCCGGCCGGACACUUGCAGACGGCGCCGGAUGGCGGCUCCGACCUCUUCUCCUUCACCCUCCACUUCCCCCGGUCCUGCGCCGCCCCCGGCGCCUGCAUGGAGUUCGUGGUUCGAUACCAGACGCCGGGAGAGGUCCGAUGGGCCAACAACCGGGGCAGCAACUACAGGCUGGUCUGCAGGGCGUUGGAAGAGGUGCCAUCGUCCUGUCCUUGCCCCAGCCCCAGCCCCACCUCAACCAAGUUGGUGCUGAGAAGUUGCCUCAGAGCCAGCCCUAUCAGGUAGGGCAUGAGGGUGAGAAGGGGUGGUC